UGGCUGCACCUGGUUUAAAAGUAUUCUACUGCGCUCUGAUUGGUCGGAAGGUUUUGUCGCCAAAUUUCAAAUCAGUUUGCUGUGGCGCUUUUUCUCUCAAGCUCAGAAACAAAUGGCUAUGAGUGUUUGCCAAUGCUGCUACUGUAAUAGCGACUAGGAAGCAGUUUUAGGGAUAUAUGAAGACUGUCUAAAAGAGUGCUUUUAUCUUUACGAGUUUGGCCAGUUGCUGUGUCUGGAUAGGCCUCGGAUAUGAAGUGUCCAACCUACAGUGACGAUUGUGCGGUUUUAUACCACAUGGAGAAUCCUGAAACAGACCUCAUUGAGGUGAAAGGUCACCCCGUUUCGCCACGGAAAACAGCCAGCCCGCGUUCCCCUGUGAAGGCCAACAUCUCCACCCCACUGGAGACCAAAAACAAAGGCCCUCACAAUAAAGAAAACUAUAAGGGUAAGCGCCUCUCCUUGGAGGUGGCAUCAGAUGAUGAGGUGAUUCUAAGCGGUAGCGGCCUGACCGAGGACAGCGGGUAUCUUUCCCUCCAAAAUAGCAGGCUGGAUCACGGGGAUGUGGAUGGCGUGGACUUAUCGGAGAGGAGUGAAGAGAAAAAUGUGUCCCCUCAGUCCUUGGACGUUGAGUGUCAAUCCACUUCCUGUCUUCCUGUGCUGAAGUUCCAAAAGGAGGUUUGCAGAGAACUGGUGAAAAGCUUUAAAAAGAACAAAAGUUAUGACUGGACGGUCGUCAACAAGGUGGCUGAGAAUUACGGGCUCCAUAAUGUGAUCGGUGGGAAGAUGGGACUGGAGUUUGUGGACAUCCUUGGCGGCCUGUUGAGGAAAGACAUGAGGCACAUUCUUGCCAGGAUAUUGGGCCUGUUGGAGGAUUGUGACUUAGUAAGCUGUAAGAAAGUGAGCCGGACAUGGCGAAAGGUCAUUUGCCAAGACCAGGUGGCUCUUCGGAAGUGCCGAGAAGCAGAGAGAAGGCUAAGGGACUCUGGGCGGCCCGUAGGAUCAUGGACACGAGACUUCACCUUGAGUAGGGUGGUGUUCUCGUGCGUGCAGGCUGUAGCCUCUACACCUGUUCAUAAAGCUGUUAAGAAGCCGCUGUGCCAGACGGGUGGGGCGCAAAACACGUCCCGUUCGAGUCGCUUCCAACAGUUUCAAGAGGUUGGCAAAACACUAAAACAGCACGAAUCACUACGAGCAUGCAUUCUCUGCGGUUUUCCGGCACGGUUUGAUGCAGCCAUGCAACGGGCAGUGUGUACACGCCUCAGCUGUGCAUUUGAGUUUUGCACACAGUGUCAAUCGGCGUUCCACAGCUCCACCCCCUGUCGCAACGCCGGCAGGAUGUUCUCUGCUCCCCGAAACACGCUUGUUGCUGGCUCCGCUCGAAGCAAAAGAAACGUGCAUCGCCUGUGAAGUCACCCAAAUGAAAUUGUUACGAAGAACUUGUUUUGAAAAGACUUUUAGAAAAGGAAUCUUUUAUGCUUGUUUUGAUGUGAUUUUGACCAGGUUUGUGGUCAUUGCACAAAGAAACUACAAUCAUCUUUUAUUGCCAAAAAAAGAAUUAAAAAGGGGGUUGAGCAGCCUCCUUAAAUUGUAAAUGUGAAUGUUUUAUAAGAUUUUAUAGAUGUUUUAUUAAUGAAAUGACCAAUUCCUGUCUGUCAGUGAAACAUUGUAAAUAUUUAAGUGGUUCAAUAAAGCCUUGUAUGUAUAUUUUUUUAAA